GUGGCCCGGCUAGAGAUGGAGGAGCCUGCGGGGAGCUGAUUUUUCUCCCCCCACCUCGACUCUUCGGCAGCUCCUCCGGCUUCAGGUCCUGGCCCUGUUGAAGACCCUUCUGUCCCUUGGCAUCUCGGGGGCUUCGGCCUCCAUACCGUCCUAUCUGCACUCCGGGAGGCAGAAAAGUCAGAUGAAGUCAAAAGAGCGGUAAAGCGUGGUGGAGGAAGAAACAGACAUUGCUCUCCUGCUCUGCAGUUUGGCAGAGCAUUAAGAUGUCCGUGGACAUGAACAGCCAGGGUUCUGACAGCAAUGAAGAGGACUAUGAUCCAAACUGUGAGGAGGAGGAAGAAGACGAAGAUCCUGGGGACAUUGAGGAUUAUUAUGUAGGCGUGGCAAACGAUGUGGAGCAGCAGGGAGCUGAUGCAUUUGAUCCUGAGGAGUAUCUAUUCACUUGCUUGACUUACAAAGAGUCAGAGAGUACCCUGAAUGAGCACAUGAUCAGCUUGGCCUCUACAUUAAAGGUAUCUCAUGCAGUUGCUAAGCUUGUAUUAGUUAGCUACCACUGGCAAAUCUCAGAGAUUUUGGAAAGGCACAAAUCUAAUUCUGCCCAGUUGCUAGUGGAAGCACGAGUUCAGCCUGCCUCAUCCAAACACGCCAUGGUACAUUCCUCCCAGCACUGUGCAGUAUGUAUGCAGUUUGUCCGGAAGGAGAACUUGUUGUCUCUGGCUUGUCAGCACCAGUUCUGCCGCAGCUGUUGGGAGCAGCACUGUACAGUACUCGUCAAAGAUGGAGUUGGAGUUGGCAUCUCCUGCAUGGCUCAGGACUGUCUGCUUCGGACGCCAGAAGAUUUUGUGUUUCCACUGCUACCUAGCGAGGAGCUGAAAGACAAAUAUAGACGCUACCUCUUCAGGGAUUACAUUGAGAGCCAUUUCCAGCUGCAGCUCUGUCCUGGUGCAGACUGCCCUAUGGUCAUACAGGUACAGGAGCCCAAAGCCCGCAGAGUACAGUGCAAUCGAUGCAAUGAAGUUUUCUGUUUCAAGUGUCGGCAGAUGUACCAUGCUCCCACAGACUGUGCCACCAUCCGGAAAUGGCUCACCAAAUGUGCAGAUGACUCUGAAACAGCUAACUACAUCAGUGCUCACACUAAAGAUUGUCCCAAGUGCAAUAUCUGUAUUGAAAAGAAUGGUGGCUGUAAUCACAUGCAAUGUUCUAAAUGCAAACAUGACUUCUGCUGGAUGUGUCUGGGGGACUGGAAGACUCACGGCAGUGAAUACUACGAAUGCAGUCGGUACAAAGAGAAUCCUGAUAUUGUAAACCAGAGUCAGCAAGCACAGGCCAGGGAGGCCCUUAAGAAGUACUUGUUCUAUUUUGAGAGGUGGGAAAACCACAACAAGAGCUUACAGUUGGAGGCCCAGACGUACCAGCGAAUUCAAGAGAAGAUACAAGAACGGGUGAUGAACAACUUGGGAACAUGGAUAGAUUGGCAGUAUCUACAGAAUGCAGCAAAGCUACUUGCAAAGUGUCGUUACACGCUACAGUAUACAUAUCCUUAUGCCUACUAUAUGGAAUCUGGUCCCCGGAAGAAAUUGUUUGAAUACCAACAAGCUCAGCUGGAAGCUGAAAUAGAAAAUCUCUCAUGGAAAGUGGAGAGAGCAGACAGUUACGACAGAGGGGACUUGGAGAAUCAGAUGCACAUAGCUGAGCAGAGGAGGAGGACCCUGCUGAAAGAUUUCCAUGACACAUAAAGUAGCAGGAGACAUCAAGGCACGGGGUGAGAGCAGAGAGCAAGGUAGCGGCGACAGCAGCAGCGUGAGAAACUAGCUCCUCCCCCUCCACAGAGAAGGACUGAGGACAACACUGCACCCUCCCCUUGCAAACCAGACAUGAGCUAGCACCACAGCUUCUGUUUUUUUUUCCCCCUCCUUCUCUUUCCGUUUUUCAUUUCUGCCAGGCUGGAGUUCAGAUGUGGGCACCUUUUCCUGGAACAUUUUCUUCCCUGGUUCUUGGGGUUGUUCUGGGAGGAAGUUCUAAUUUUCCUCCUCUAAAUGGUUGUUAAUAGUGUUAGAUCAUUACAGACUUGUGUAAUUUUCAACAGUUGUACAAUUAUACAAAACAAACCCUAGAAUAACACAAAACCCUUUUUAAAAAUAAAUUGGAAUUGGACUGUU